GCCCGGCCCCCGGGAGCUGCGGCGGGGAGCGUCCGGUCCCGCGCCUCGCCGCGCCUCGCAGGCGGCCAGACCGGAGACAUGGGCUGCGGGAACUCCACCGCCACCGGAGCCGCCACCGCCAGGGGUCCUUCUGGGGCAGCAAAAAAUGUAACAGAAGAAUCAAUAACAGAAGAUGACAAGAGGAGGAACUAUGGAGGUGUAUAUGUUGGUCUGCCAUCUGAUGCUGUCACUAUGGUUUCCAGUCAAACAAAGGCUGCACAGAAAGAUUAGAAAGUAGCAUCAUUUUUCAAUGACAGCUUGCUCAUCGAAAUUGGGGGAUCGCUGAGCCCUACCUGAGAUUUUAAAGGAAACAGACAUUUCCAGGGAAGUUCUGAUGACCCAAAACCAUAAAUGUUGUCAGUUACAAUUACGGGUAAACGUUUAGUGUUGCAGUUGUAGAAAGAAUCAGUUGGACAGUGAUAUUCACACAAUGGAGCCUCUUGGGUUUGUCCCAGGCAAGGCAAGCUAAUAAACGGACAGUAACUGUGGUCCCUGCUGCACAAGAAGAUCUGCCAUGCUUUUCUGCCACAUCCUCACCUCGGCCAUACGAUGGAUUUCAUGAAUUACAGUGCAAAUAUUUUCACCAACAACACUUUUUGAUAGUUUUAUAUAAUAAACUCUGAAUUGUUUUAUUUACAAAUUCCAGUGACAAGACACUGUAAGCAAAUUAUUUAAGGGAAAAUUAUAUAUUUAAUGUGUGUAAUCUUUUUAGUACUCUUACUGCAAAUUGAACUUGUUUUUUUUUUGCUGUGGAAACUUUAAAUAUGAUCAGAUAAGCAUAAAAGUAUUACAGACCUGCAGCCAUUGCCUUCAUUUUUUAAAGUCAAUUGUAUCUGGUUUUCAUCUUUGUUAAAAUAUGUGAUUGCUCCAGGAAAUUCCCUUAUUAGGAAGAGUGUUUCAUUGCAGUAUUUCUCAGUAAAGUCCUUUUUCUUUGCAUGGUAUUUCAACAGUUCUUUUUAACAUUCUACUUUCUUUUUACAAUGGUUUUUGUCACCAUGCCUACUUCAUAACUAAUCGUAUUGGGGCUUGCAUCCCAUCUCACAUAUAGAAUAGCGAUCUUAGAAAAGAAAAGCAGUCACAUUUCAAUUUAUGAAGUAGGUGGUGGUGAAUAGUCUACUACUCUGAAGAACCGAUGUUAAGGAAAAGAGAUCAGCUUAGUGUAGUGCUCUGCACAAAGUAAGCACUCAGAUACCUUUGAUUACCUGACUGUGAUCAGGGGACAGUUCUUUGUUGGAUGCCGACUGUGAGUUUCCCUUCUAAAUACCACAAUGUAUGUUAGUACACUAUUUGCAAAUGUAUUUAGAUGAAUAAAACAUUUUUAUUCCUCUUUA